AACUCCCAGAAGGCCGCGCGGAGGCGGGGCGUGAGCCGCGGGGAACUUCCGGGCGCUGACGCCGGUGCGGCGCCAGGAAGAGGAGACGCGGGGCCGCGUGACUAUGACGAAAUUAGCGCAGUGGCUUUGGGGACUGGCUCUCCUGGGCUCCACCUGGGUGGCUCUGACCACUGGAGCCCUGGGCUUGGAGCUGCCUUCUGCCUUCCGGGAGGUCCUGUGGCCCCUGCCCGCCUACUUGCUGGUGUCCGCCGGCUGCUACGCCCUGGGCACUGUGGGUUAUCGCGUGGCCACGUUUCACGACUGCGAGGACGCCGCUCGAGAGCUGCAGAGCCAGAUCCAGGAGGCCAGAGCCGACUUAGCGCGCCGGGGGCUGCGCUUCUGACCCCCCCCCCCCCGCCCCCAUUAAAGAGCAGUUCAUUUUC